AUGAGCGGGCCUAGCAAUGAUCCGGAACUAGCGGCGAAAGUGUACGCGUUCCUGACGAUGGAGCGUCGAUUGCGCACGACGGUGCCCAAGUUCAACGGCGACUAUGACAAGUGGGACGAGUUCUGUCGGAAAUUCGACGCGCUCGUGCACGCCGAUGAGCGACUCACGGACGCGCAAAAGUUCGGCUAUCUGCGCCGCGCGCUUACCGGGCCGGCCUCGCAGCUCAUCUCCUCGAUCGACUUCAAGCCGGAGAACUACGGGCUGGCCUGGAGGGCGAUCAACGAUAGAUUUAGAAAUUCGAGGGAGCUCAAGCAGUAUCACAUCAGUGAGAUUUUUAAUAGAAAACCGAUGAGUGAAAAUUCGUCGCAAGAGUUGCGCGAACUGAUCGACGCGUUCGACAAGAAUCUCAGUGCUCUCGGUGGUCUGCAGGCUGCUCCCGUCGGCUCCUGGGAUCUGUUCACGGUGCAUCUGCUCAAGUCCAAGCUCACCCCGUUCCUGCGACAAAAGUGCGAGCGUCGAGCCGCGUCCUCCUCCACCUCCGCCGCCAAGGACGAGAAACUGUCCGACGUGAUGAGGUUUUUGCGCGGCAUGGUGACCAGCUUGGCGAACGGCGAGUCUAGCAGACGUCGGGACGGGUCGAAAAAGCUCUGCCCGAUGUGCCAGGGCAAUCACGACCUCGCGGAGUGUCGGCACUUCGUCGAGCUCGACGCGUACGCGAGGAUCAACGCGGCGCUCAAGCUCGACUGCUGCUUCAAUUGCCUGAUGCCGGGCCACGACGAGGCCGCCUGCAAGCGCGCGCCGGCCUGCGCGAUCUGCGACAAGCAGCACCACGAGCUGCUGCACUUGCGCAUUAACCAGUCGUUGCUGCAGGCCCGACCCUGCAAAGUCGUGGUACCCGCGUCCAUCAAAAGCAACGAUAUCGGCAAUCCAGUGGUCGACAAGAUCGCGUCGAUGAUCUUCAAGUGCGCGUUGAGGCCUACCGCGCUGGUCCACCUGUACGAUCACCGUGGCGAGCUUCACGAGUGUCGCGCCCUGCUGGACUCGGACUCGCCACAGCACUGGAUAUCUCGGGAGGCGUGCCGCCGCCUGGGCCUGGACAGACUCGUCUGCGGCUGGGCGGCCGAGCGCCGCGAGCUCGCCGAGGUGAAGCUGCGCUCGCGGCUCGGCGACUUCGAGACGCGGCUGCUGUGCCGGGUGACGAGCAAGCUCGACCGCGCGAGAACGCCCCGGUUCAGGUGGCGCGAGAGGGAGCGAUGCGCGCAGAUACCCCGCUCGAUGCAGCUGGCCGAUCCGAGAUUCGAUCGGCCGAGCGGCGUGGACAUGGUCAUCGGCGCGAAGCAGUUCUACAGGCUGCUGGCGAGCUACAAGCGGAUCAAGAUCAAUCGGGACAGGCUGGUGCUGCAGGAGUCGGUGCUGGGCUGGAUAGUGAUGGGUGUUGGGAGGGACGGGGGGGAGGCUCGUAACGAGCGGAUGGUGCCGUGCAAUAUAAUGUGA